ACGUUAGUACAUCGGCGGACUUUAUUGACGUCGGAUCGCACACGUUCCAUUCGUUUUGUAUCGUCUGAGGAAAAAAUUCAAAUUCGAUUUUCUCGAAGGAAUCCUUGAAAAAAAAGUGAAGUUUCGUUUUGAAGCGGAGUGUUGUUUUUUUUCGGCGCUCGUUCUAUUCUUGUGCGGUUAUUAUUGACGAAUUGUUGGAUAUUUUUUUUGUGAAUUGUGGUACUUGCCAUUCCAUCAACUAAUUCAAUAUACCACCGAUGACAAUGUUAACAAAUGUGCUAUUGUAAUGCACCGACCUAUGUGUGAAAGGAAUGGUGAAAAGGACUUUUCGGCAUGAGAUUUUUUUUUGGUGUAAUGAGAGUUCUGUGCGUAAGAAUUUCUUAGGAUAGUGAGUGCUAUACAAUUUAUGGAUGAUGUGGAAAUCGGCAUACGGAUUAUUUAAUCAUACCUGUGCUUCUGUCUGAUCUUUUUAUUUUACUUGUGAAGAUACGAAUUGAGAGGAAUAAAGAAAGGAAAAAAAUUUGUGAAAUAAUUUUUAACUUCCUUAACAAUUCAUCAAUUGUGAAUUUUGUGGAAAUAUUUGUGACACUGACCUCUUCCAGCUUUGGCCAAUUAAAGUUCUAUGAAAAGGAAAUAGCUAAAACGGAAACGAAAUCCGAAACGACGACGAAAAUACUUUUCGAGGAAAAUUCAUUCAUCCACCCAGUGCAGGUAUAAAAGUAACGGUAGCAAAAAAAAACAUCCUUCAAUCGAGAAAUACGAGACAGUUGUUAAAAGUACCUACUCACAUUUCAUUACCUUAAAUAGAACUUGAGAUAUUCUCGAUGUAAAAAUAUCUCGAGCAGAUAACAAAGGAACGACGAAUAUAAAAAAUUGUAAUUAAAUUCAUACCUAGCGUGGGGAAAAAGAGGAUAUUGCUGAAGCGGAGAAUAUUUAAUAUCGGAAACAAUAAACAGUAAAAUAUAUCAAAAUUCUGUUAACUGGAGUAGCGCUUGUAAGAAGUGUACAAGUGCAAUUUUUCAACGCUUGGUCGUCGAGCCAAAAUAAUGAGAAAUAACAGUGACUGCAAUAGUUUUACUACUUUUCUUACACUACUAACGAAAUAUGUAAGCUGAUAUUCCAGUGGACAACGUUGCAUCUAAGGUAUCGUUCCAUAACGCCAUAUCGAAAUAACUAUCAACAACUUCAACAUUACACUCUACACAAUGCCACCAGAUUGUUAGUUGAGUAAACAACUUUUAUUUUUUCUCUCUCAUUUUCCAGAAAUAUUUUUUUUUGUUUUCCUCGUAUACUUGAAAACGAUGUCGAUGAUGUGUGUUACGUAACUUGUACCGUGUGUCAUGUGUGUUAUUCGUUGGUGAUGAUACUUAGUGUUGUUAACCGAUGAGAAUGUGAGAAUAUAUAAAAGAAGAAGUUGGUUAAAGAAUAUGAAAAACAGAUUCUAUUGAUCCUGUGCUAUAUGUAUUUUAUGUACCAGCCCGGAAGUAUUAUUAGUUUAUAAAAUAAAUAUAAAAUAAAUUUUGAAAUAUAAACAAAACGAAAGUGAACAACAAGAUAGUGAUGUAUAAUAUUAUAAGUGAAGGAAAAUGCUAACGGUUCAUACUGAAAAUGUCUUGCUAUAAUCAAAGUUUUUUUAGCUUUUCAUUUAAAAUUAUUUCGAAUAAAUUAUGGUGGUUGUGCUAUACAAUAUGUUGCUGCUCUAUUAUGAGCAGAGCCAUAUACUUUCCGGUGGUGAAUGGUUCAUAUUCGGAAGCAGAUGAUCUCAUCAAUGACUUAGAUAGACCAAUACCCAUCACAUCAGUGCAAGGUGUUUUAGCCCGUCAAGCAAUGCUCCCAUGCGAUAUAACUCCAUUGGAACGGGAUGAUGCCGUUUAUAUGGUGCUAUGGUUUCGUGAAGGAGAUGGAGAACCACUAUACAGUUUCGAUGUAAGAGGGCGUCAAUUUGGUCAAGCAAAACUUUGGUCGUCACCGACUGUGUUCGGAUCGAGAGCUUAUUUUAGCACCGCAAAUCAUCCAGCACAGCUAAAAGUGGACAAUAUACGAUUGUCCGACGAAGGAAUGUAUCGAUGCCGUGUUGAUUUUCGUAAUUCACCGACACGGAACUUGAAAAUUAACCUAACUGUAAUUGUUCCUCCUGAUCGGCCGAUAAUAUACGAAACGAAGCGUCGUGAAAAGGCAAAAAAUGUGGAGGCAUACAACGAAGGCACUGAUGUUGUCCUGAUUUGUGAAGUGUCUGGAGGACGACCACGACCGAAUGUUACUUGGUAUUUGGACAAUACGGUUAUAGAUGAAUCAUUUGACAAUCGGCCAGACGGUAUUACCGUAAACCAUUUAUCAUAUCCAAAUAUUGGUCGACAACACGUGAAUGCACGAUUUGUUUGUAUGGCUAGCAAUACAAAUCUAACACCACCUAAUAACAAAGUUGUUAUACUGGAUGUCAAUCUGAAACCAACUGCUGUUCAUAUUUUGACAAAAGAAAAAUUUGUGUCGGCUGAUAAAACGUAUGAUGUGGAAUGUAAAAGUUCAGGUUCGAGACCGGCACCGGCAACAGUGACAUGGUGGAGGGGCAACAAACAAAUAAAACGAUUGGUGAAAAAUUUUUCCGAACCACCUGACAAUCAGUCCUUAAGCGUGCUGACGUUUACUCCAACCGUUGAUGAUGAUGGCAAAUACUUGACAUGCAAAGCUGAAAAUAAGUACAUCCCCAACAGUGCUAUUGAAGAUAAAUGGCGUUUAGUUGUACAUUAUAUGCCAAUAGUUACCCUUAUAAUGGGACCAACACUUAACCCAGAUGAUAUCAAGGAAGGCGAUGGUGUUUACUUUGAGUGUAACGUGAAGUCAAAUCCAAAACCUUAUAAGAUGGCUUGGUUUCAUGAUGGCAUUGAGCUGAAUCACAAUGUCAACGCCGGUAUUAUAUUAACAGAUCACUCACUGGUAUUACAAAGUGUUACAAGAGCGGCAGCAGGUGAUUACACGUGCUUAGCAGCGAAUACAGAGGGGAAAGGAACCAGUAAUCCAGUCACAUUACGCAUUCGAUACGCUCCAGUGUGUUCAGCUCUACAUGACGAAUUACUAGGUGCCCUCAAACACGAAACGCUAUCAUUAAAAUGUGAGGUUGAUGCAUCUCCACCAGCUGAAUCGUUUCAUUGGACUUUUAAUUCAUCUGGCGAACAAACAGAGCUCCCAUCACGUUUACACUCCAGCGAGACUGGAUUUUCACGUUUAAAUUAUACACCAACGACUGACUUAGACUAUGGUACCAUCUCAUGUUGGGGAAGAAAUGCAAUUGGUGUGCAAAAAAUGCCAUGCAUAUUUCAAGUGGUUGCUGCAGGACGGCCAUUCGCUCUACAAAAUUGUUCAGUUACAAAUCAAUCUUCCGAUUCACUUCAAGUAGAAUGUGUUGAAAGUUUCGACGGAGGUCUUCCACAAGCAUUUCUAUUGGAAUUAGUAGAUAUGUCUGACUUGCGAUUGGUGCGAAAUUUAACUAUUAUCCGACCACCAGUAGCAUUUUACGUCGACAAUUUGGAACCCGGAAAUUCGUACAGAAUUAUUCUGUUUGCUGUAAAUGCAAAAGGCCGAUCUGAACCAACAAUUAUUGAUGAUAUUACAUUCAAGGGUGUUGCAAAGUUCACAGGUCAAUCCAACGGACUAAAUGUGUCAAUAUCACCAAUUCUGGCUAGCUUAACACUAAUCGCUGCCAUCCUCUUUGCUGUAGUUUGUAUAGUAUUAGCUGCUUUAUAUCGACGACACAACAACAAAAAUGCUGAGGCAAAUUUAAAAUCAGCAAAACAUCACACUCAGCUUCCAGUAAUGCCUUCAGACUGUCAAUUAGAUCCACCAAUGCAUAGACGAAAUCCCAGCGGGACAUCAACGCCAAUUGUAGCUGGCGAUUCACAUCGAUUAAGUCCACAAUUUAUGGCAGAUCCACCCGAUAUCGAUGACACCGAUCCAGACGUGAUACCAAAUCAACAUGAACGACGACCUCUCAAACCGCAGCUUCCAACACCAUUGUUUCGCAGUCCGUCAACGCGACUAAUUCAACGAGAUAUGUUAGACGACGACAGAGGCAGUGAUGCAUCCAAUCUGGGCUCAUUAGGAGGAAGUAUUAAGGAAAUGCACCACUAUACAUUUCAACCUAGCAAACAAAUUAGUUACGCUACCCUUAGUAGAGGUGGUAAUAAGAGCAUAACAACAUGUAGUCCAAUCAGUCAACCAAUACCACUUGGUGUGACCUUACUUAGUCCAAAUAAUCAAUUAGUUACAUCGUCAUUAAGUGAGUAUCGAUUUAGACCGGAAGUCGUGACAACGUCCAAUCGGAUACAAGAAAGUUGUAUAUAAAAAUUAUGAUAAAAAAUUGAUAAAGAAGGAGAAAAAAUAAAAAAUUAAAUUAAAUCCAGAAAUGAAUAUUAAAUUAAGUAUAACGUGUUGAUACCGUGUAUAAUUAGUCGUUCAAAUAAAUUAAUUGUAUUGAAUGCAAAUGUGACUAAAUAUAUUUAAAUAUGAAAUGAUAAAUGGGUUGAAUGUGUGAUGUGUGAGUGAAAUAUGAAUUAAGGGCGAAAGAAUUUAAAAUACUGAAUACGUCGAAAGGAAUAUUAUAGAAUACAGCACAAAAAUGAUGUUAAAAAAAGUGUUCGUACGCCCUCAAUUUUUCCAUGUUGCACAGCUAUCCAGCUGAGCAAAAAAAAAAAAUCAACAAAAGGCAUGUUGACUAUAAAGAGCAUGAUUUUACAUUGCUUAAUUAAAAAAGUUUUUUUUUCGUCCAUUGCAGAAUCUCCUUUUUUAUGUGAAACGAAAAGCAAAAAAAGAAAUAUUAAAGCUUGAUACUCUAAUAAAUUAUAUCAAUUUGUUAAAUACAAACAUUUGUUUUGUUAUUAUUUUCAAAAAUUUGACACUUUUUUCCGUCUUUCCUACGGUUUCCUAUGGAAAAACUUUUGUAAAGACAGGAGGAAAAAAAGCGCUCGCCGGAUAUCAUAAAAGUAAACACAAAUGGUUUGCAUCCCUUUCCAUAUAUCACACUAAAAUGAGUUAAAAUUAAAAACGAAAACAGAGAAACGAAAUUGUCAAGUUGCUGGUGAAAAGUUUUUAGGAAAACAUAGCGUGGGAUCGUAAUAUUUAUAAUUUUUUUUUGGGAAAGGUGUGCUUGGUGGUUUUCUACAUUCGUUUAUAUCAAGGAAAAUAUAAUUUAUGCGACAAAGGUUUGUUUCUUUUUUCUUCCUGGAAGUGUAUUCCGACGUACCAUGAAGAUUAUUGUUUAGUUUAUCUUGAUCGGGUAUAUUCACAUUGACCUGUUACGGAUGGCUAACAUCUGUUUCAGAAAUGAACAACAAGGUCUGACUAAUGCGGAAAAAAGCAAAAAGGAUGUUCAAACAAAUGAAGUACAAGAUUUGAAACCAUCCUUUUUAAAAUAUAAUUAGAUCAAACGAAGUAAUAGAUGUAUGGUCAAUAGAGAGAAUGAUUAAAGAACCAAUAGCUUCCCACUGUUACGUUUUCGAAGCUUGUUUCGCAAUUUCCGCAAACUUAAUCAAAAUAGUCAAUUUUCUUGGUCUAUAUAAUUCUCAAAUCGUCGAAUUUGUUUAGAGAAAAUAACUAAAGAACCAACAGAUUUUCACUGUUACGAUUUUAAAGUUUUGUAACCUCCUAGAAACGGCAGGCGUAUCGCAUCAACAUCUAUUACAUCUUUUGUUUAAAGUAUCACCUAUUUGAUACACAAAUCUUGUACUUAAUUUGUUUUAACAUGCGAAUUGUCGAUAACAGAUGAGUAGUCGUUUUGGAAAAGUAAAUUAAGGAAUUACGCUUCUGACGCUUAUGUAAAAUUGUUCAAUUGAAAGUUCACAGGAAAGUUUACCAUCUGUCGAUGUUAUUCUUUUACAAUCUACCAGAACCUGAGACAUCAUAAGAACAAUAAAUCAUUCGUUAGAAUUAACUUUGAAAGAUUUUCGUACUUUGUCUUCAUAAGAAUAUUAGUACAAACGAGAUCAAAAUUUCUAUUCUGCAAACGCUCUAAGGUAAUUGCUGACGAGAAACCAAUUUUUUACUGAGCACUUAGUAUAAACUAGAAAAUUAACUUCAUUGUUUUGCAUUCCUUGUUUGCAUACUCCAUUCACUUACUGUCACCGCUCUUCCACUUUAUGUAUUAAAAACGACAUCUUUUAAAAUGCCAUUGAUAUUAUGAAUCAAUGAUUUUUUAUGAGGAAAACUCUUUGUUCUGAAUUUGAUAAAAAUAUAGUACCUUUUAUGCAAGCCAAUUUGGGAAGACUUAUUUGCAUAUAAAGUGGAUUUCUUUUAGAUCUUUUUUUUCUGUAGAAAGUGGAUUUUUUCAUUUAAUUUUUUUCUUUUGUUUAAAGUCGAUCCGAGAACUGCAUGAAAAGUUUUUGAUUCUUUUAUUUAUUAGUUGAUUGAAGAACAAGUGUGCAUAAACAAUGAAAAAGUUUUUAUUUUUAAAGAUAUUUUUGCGAUAUUACACCUGCAUUCGAUUUAUCAGCUGGAUAAACUAAGAUCCUUUCGAAGUCAGCUAAUCAGAAUUUGAUUAACAGAAAGAUGAGCAAACUCUCUAUGGAGACAAUAAGGGAGAGAGAGAGCUCUAUCAACGAUUAGUAAUUAAAAUCGGAAUGAUCUGGUUCUCUGAAACCUAGAACGACGAAUUUCAGGUCUCAAGUCAUAAUGAAUUAAGUUCGGGGAAAAAUAACGUGAUGCUGAACCUAAACCAAGGCAGGUCCAACUUGACCUGGUCCAAACAUUAUGUAUGCCAGUGCAAAUUUUCCCAUCGAAAUAUUUUCUUGGUAUGUUAUUCUUACUCGUGGUGCCGCCCUCUACAAAAACCAAUAAAAACAUUUCAUGUCCACGAGAGGUCGAAUAAAUUCUUUUGAAGCUCACCGUGCCCUGUUUCAAACAUUAUUCAACAAAGUGAAUAUUCUGCAACUGGGGUGCAGAAUAUCUUUAAUUACGAAAUUAAACGAAAAUUUUCGUCCACAUUUCAUCAUUAAGUAUUUCUCAAAGUUGACAAAUGUGAAGCGAUAUUUCAGUACAAAAAUAGUUAUUUUCCUGACGCAUGCUAAAAUGCUUUUUUAGCAAGUGAUAGGUUUCCAGCUCAGCCGGAGGCGGGUGCUGGAAUCAAGUUCGCUAAAAAGGAUUUUAGCAUAAGUAAGGAACAACGUUUUACCUGAACGACGUUGGAAAUAAGCGACGAUGUCGCGAUAUUGCGACACUAGUUUGAAAAAAAAAACUUUUAUAGCGUGGUUCAUGCGAAGCAAUUCAUGAAUUCGUGAAUAACGAAACAUAAAACAAAAAAGUCAAAACAUUGUUCUAAGAAAAGUCCUAUAGAUCUCGAGCUAAACAAAACGGUAAAUAUGCUAAAUGCCAUAUCGGUUGAACAUUAGCAACAUAGUUAUCAGUAUUCCCCAUAAAAACAAGCUUUUUUCGACGAGCUUCUAUUGGUAAUCCUAAAGGAAGAUGGCUUCUUCCAUUGCAAUGUCGCGAAUAAUUGAUGAACUAUCCUAGAAACUAAGUUUUAAGUGUUUGAUGCAUAUUGGUUCUUAGCCCUUGUCUUAAUACACUAACUUUAACGCCUGCCUAAGAGAAAACACUCACCCUCAGCUCGUAGUGGUAAUUAAUGAGAAUUAUUGUAUGCAAAACUAACCAGUCAAUGAAAGUAUCCAUUUCCUCACUGUCCCCAGAAUCUGGCGAUAUUCUGUUCUAAAACCAUUUACCAGCUCAACAAUUUCGUUUUAAUUUAAUUUUCCUUGGCAUUUACUCAGGCAUUUAAGGAAAAAGAAGUGUGUUCAUCGCACACUAUAUGCCAUAUACAUACAGAAAUAAGCUCUGAGAAGAAAAAUAAAAAAAAUAAAUCUAAGUCUUGUUCCAAUAACAAAUUUUAGAUUUUAAGAUACAAGCGACAACGUAAAGUGUUUCCACUUCAAAGCCGUUUGAAAUGUAAAUAAUCUGUAAAUUCAAUUGUGUAAGAAACUGUAAAAGAUAAUGGAUGUUAUUAAAGAAGGGAUGUGUUUAUGCGUUCUAGCCUUCAGUAAAUGAAUUUAGCAUAGCGAUGAAAAUGAAAUCGAAUUAUGCAGGGUAACUAUAAGUCGUUAUAAAUCAAAUUUGAUUGAAAUAAUUUAUUUGAAAAUGUUUUUUUUUUUUGAAAAAAAUCUAUACAAAAAAAAAGUUUCAAAGGAAAAAUAAAACGAAAAAAAUAAAAUUGAAAAAUGUUACAUUUCCGUAUGGAUUUGCCAUAGAAAACUGUUUUUGUUGUUGAGUUCUUUUUUAUUCUGAUAACGAAUUUCUGUUCAAUAAGCGUGAAAUUCUACUCGGUGAUAUGUUUGAAUAUAUAAAAUCGUUACAUUUGUCGUGAAUGGAAAAUGGGUAUGGACAAAUAACGGAUUUUCAUUUGUUUAUUUUUCCUUGGAGACCAACAAAAGGAGUAGAAUUCUACUAUAUAAUGUCGUUACGUUAUGCAAUUCUUUUAUUCAAAUUGUCUCUGUAGUCUACAAACAAGCUUGGAUCGUCAAGUCUCAAAGACGACUGAAUGUAUGGUUGAACUUUGUGCAGUAUUCUUCCAUUCCAAUUAGAUAUGGCACAAAUAUGGGAGGCAGAAAUGAGACUAACAAAGGGAAAAAAAUAUUCUUUUGUGCGAACAAAAAUGAAAUAAGGACCCAGGCGUGUGUAUGUUUACUUAAAAGUUUGAUAUCAAUUUUUAUGUAAAUAAUUUUUUUUUUUGUUAUUGAGCUAUUUUCUGGUCCAAGUCGCUACGGAGAUUCAAUGUCAGCACAACAUUUCUGUUUAUGAGAAACAUUUCGGUUUCGUUUGCUUUUGCCAUCAUUAUUUUGUGUAUAACGAUUACGACUUUUCUCGAUUUGAUUUUUAUUUUUAUUUUAUUUUUAUACAAUGUGUGGACGGGAUCUGCGUCUUUGCUGAAACGAUACGUUCCUUUGAUUUUAUUCCUAACACAAAAUUGAUAGCAAACAUAUCUGCUAUGGUAGCACAAACAAAAUUUUAACGACAUGUUUAUUCCCAUUUUUCGCCCUACUUGAAUUUUAAAAAUUUUCAUUGAUUUUGUCCAUCGCUGAAUUGUAACAUCAAAUUGUUUUCUAUCAAAUCUAUUAAGUUUUAUUGUAAAAGCUUCGUAAAUCGAUUCUAAAAUUAGAGAAAUAUAAAAAUUCGAUCAGCACUGCUGUCUUUUGGUCGGACUUUUUAUUAGCCGAAAGUCGCUAAUCAGUAACUCUACAAUAUGAUAGUGUCUACAACUGUUUGUGAUACAAUUUUCUCUAUGGGAGAGUGAAAUUAUUUCUUAGACAUAGAGACUUGCCUCACUUUUAGCCUUUGAUGGAUUAUUGCUAGAUAAUUAUAAAAUCUACUACUUCGUUUGUUUCAAGUUACGCUCAGUGUCAGGAGGCAAAUCUUCUACUUAGUUAGAACUUCAAAUUUCAUGCUUUAACCGCUUUUGGCUUUGCACCCUGUUGUAGGACUAAGAACUACCUAUAUAGAGUUACUACCCCUCAAAGUCCACCAAGUAGGAGAUAUUCACUUUCAUAUUUCUCUAAUUUGAAAGAAAUUCAAUUGGAUAUAAAUGAAAAGUGUGACGACCUAAUCUCAACAUCAAGAACACAGCGACAAUGAACGCACUUAUGAAAAUUAUAAUUUAGAGAAAUGUCCUAAGGGCUCUAAAAACGAGGAAAAAAAACUAAAUUUAUUAACACUAAAGAGAAGAACAAUAAUUAUUGUAAAUAAAUAAUUAGCAAAUAAGUAAAUGAUCCUUCAACUAAAGAAUAUUACGGAUCCAGGAAUGAACCCAAUUCAAGAAUGAUCGAUAGGAAGUUUGUUGCGUUUGUGUAGAUGCUGAAAGGAAGACGCCGUGAUGCAACUCACAAAACUAAGUUCGAAACUUUUUUACCUUUUCAAUAAUUUCCACAAGUUUAACAUUUUGAAGGAGUAGAUUUGGUAUUCACAAUCCGCAAAUGACACAUUACAUCUACUUCGAGGCAAGCACAUACUGAGUGAAUGCUAACGGCGAUGAGGAAUCGACGGUAAAUGUUGCAGCAUAUACUGAUCUGCUCAGCACUUGCAGGUUACUUUGUUUUAUACAAUAAAAUCUAACGUGACGAAAACUUUGUGUUUUUGCAAAGUUAGAUUUUUCUUAUAAAAAUACCAAGUUUCCCAGAGGUUGACCAUGUCCUGGGGCAGCAUUUUCCCGAGUCGUUUACACAUCAAUUUGAAGGUUAAAGAAUAACCAAACCGGAAAAAAGUUACUAAGGUAAUUUUACUGGCUGAACCACACUCAACUUAGUUAGAAUUGUUAGUCUUCCGAAAACGAAUUGAUAGUAAAUUUUCGUUUUACAAAUUUUCGAAAGACUUUGAAGUUGAUUCGAGAGUGAAUUUGAAAAGAGUAUUAAAAAUUUAUGUUAAACCAAUUCUAUCACCUAUCACAUUCGAAAAGGAAUGGUUCAUUCCUCGACCAGUGAAUAAAGAAAAUUUUUACUUGUAAUGUAAAUGAUGGUAAAUGUAUUUUAAUGAAAUCAUUAUAUAUAAAGAAAUGGAAGUAAAUUUAAUAACUUUAAAAUACAAUUAUUAAUAAUGUUUUGUAUAAUGGAGGAACUAAAAUGUUAUUUGUGUUUAAGAAAAAAAGAAAGAAGAAAUAAAAAAAAACUUUAGUUGUUUUAAAAACAAUGAGAGAGAGAGAGAAAGAAUUAUGUCAAUAAAUAACACUGAAUGAGU